ACUUCAGUAUGAUAAUGUUGACAAAGUUGUCAAUAUUUUUGUUUAAGUAUUGUUUGGUUCUUUCUGGUAAAAAAAAUUAAUUUUAUAAAAUUUUUAUCGUAAUUUUAGUGUUUUUCUUUUUGUUUAGUCAAUGAUUAAACAAGUUUACGAAAUACAAUUUCUACCUUUUUUGAGGUUAGAAAAAUUACCUGCCACAUAAAGUCACGUGCGUGUAGAAGAGAAUUGCAAGUUGGAGAAUAAUUUUUAUUUUUUCUUAUUUUAAUUGUUCAUCUUGUGACAGGAAUAAAUUAGUAGUAAAAAUUGCUAUUAAAUCAGUUUUACAUUACGAGGAAAUAACGACAAGACUAAUAAUUCGUUAACAGUUAUUAUUAUUCUGCAAAAAUUUGUUUAUUGAUUGCGAUAUACAGUUUGUUAUUUAUUUUUUUUUAAAUCUAUAUAAUUAUGUAUAAAGCAAAAUUAGAACCAUGUUUAGAAUUAAAUCUAUCGAGUCAAGAAUUAGAAACUGUUACACAGAAGGCAAAAGAUUGGGCAAUUAUGAAUGGUAUUAGUAUGAGAUCGAAAGAAUUUUUUAAUUUAGAUCAAGUGCAAAUUGCACCAUUUUUACUAUUACCAUCGACAUUUCCAAAAAAAGAAUUCGAAAAAGCAGCGGAAAUUCAAAUUAUUAUAAAUGAAUUAAUGCACAAUGUUGCACAUGAUCAUCAAUUUUUAAUUGAGGUUUUGAAAAGUACAAUCGAAGUCGAUGAUUUUACAAGGAAAUUGUUUGAAAUUUAUGAAAUAGUUCAUGCUGAAGGUUUUAAGCAGACAAUUAGUCUCGGUUUGUUUAGAUCAGAUUACAUGCUUCAUAGCGAUGGUGAUAAUAAAAUUCAACAAGUAGAAAUAAAUACUGUAGCUUCAAGUUUCGCUGGUAUGGCAAAUGCAAUCACUGAAUUUCAUAGAUAUAUUUUAAAAGAUUUGGGACAUUCCGAUAAAUUAAAAAAUAUUCCUGACAAUAAUUCGGUAACAGGAUUUUGUACAGGUUUAGUGUGCGCUUGGUCCUUGUAUGGAAAUGAGGAAGCUAAAAUAUUGUUUGUCGUUGAAGACGUUACUUACAAUAUAAGUGAUCAAAGAUUUAUUGAGUUUGGAGUGCAGCGUUUAAAUCCAAAAAUCAAAAUUAUCAGAAGAAAUUUAACUGAAUUAGUUAAACAAGCUAAAUUGGGACCACAAAAUGAAUUAAUUGUAGAGGACGCGAUAAUUUCUGUGGUAUAUUUUCGUUCAGGAUAUGGACUUGAGGCUUAUCCUACGGAAAAAGAAUGGGACGUGAGAUUAUUAAUGGAACGUUCUCUUGCUAUAAAAUGUCCCUCGAUACAAUAUCAUUUAGUAGGCACUAAAAAAGUUCAACAGGUUCUAUCGUUACCUGGAGUUGUAGAACGUUUUCUCACGGAUUCUACUUCAGUCACUAAAGUUACUGAUACUUUUACUGGUCUUUAUUCUUUGGACUUUGACGAAAAUGGUGAAAAGGCAGUAGCUAAGGGAAUCAGUGAGCCUAGAAAAUAUGUAUUAAAACCACAACGCGAGGGAGGUGGUAAUAAUUUUUACGAUGAUAAUGUUAGAGAACAAUUGGAAAAAUUUAAAGAUUCAAAAGAACGAUCUGGAUGGAUUUUAAUGGAUCGAAUUUUUCCACCACUUUUGAAAAAUUAUAUAAUUCGAGCUGGUAAUGAAGAAAAUAAACCACAAGAUGUAAUAUGUGAACUGGGAAUUUAUGGCGUAAUAAUUGGAAAUAAAAAUGAAAUAAAAAUAAAUGAACAAGUUGGACAUCUUUUACGCACGAAAUUAUCAUCUUCAAAUGAAGGAGGAAUUGUUGCUGGAGCUGGUGCAAUUGACAGUCCCUAUCUUGUAAUUUAAGGUGAAUUUGUUUUUUUUCCAUUUUUUUUCAUAUAUAAUAUAUACUACAGUAAUAAAAAAAUUUAUAGAACUA